AUGGCACCCUCACCAGAAACUCUACGAAACAUCGCCGACCAGGCCGAGCGAGACCUAAACUCUUACGAGUCCAAGACUGGCGCACACAAGACUUCCCGUAAUGACGAAGCCGGCGUAGAUACCCGGGUAGAGAAUAGGUUCCCCGGCGCCGAUGUGCGAUACGACACAGAUAUCUCUACCAACCGCGGAUACAACAAGAGAAUCCCUCCUGAAGAGGGUGGUGAAGUAGAUGCUCGCGGACGACAAACCCGUGGCGAGCACUUCGAAGGCGUCGGCGGUCCCGAAGACAAACUCGCGCGACAAGCGCUGGACUUCGGCGGGACCAACGAGUUCGACGCCGCCGGGUCGCGACAGCGGGAAGUUGGCUCGAGUAUCCAGGAUCCGACCGUGGGGUACAACCGCGGACGAGAUGUGAUGCCUGAGGGUCGGGAGGCGGUGGAAGCUAAUGUUGCGGGAAUUAAGCACAACCCAAGGAAGGAGCAUUUCAAGGGUUCUGAUUAUUAUACCCCGGAAAGCGUGCCAGGAAGCAUAUCCGCGGAGGGAUAUGAGCCCCCGGAUAGUGCCGUGGAGAGUUCGAGGGAGGCUGAGCGGUAUGAGUAA